ACCGCGAAGGGACAGACGCUACAACCAUACAGGCCCCGCCCACAAGCCUGUCGCAAAUCGCAGGUGACAGCUAGAUAAUCUCAAACUCGACACAGUUAUGGUCGUUAAAACCAUAAUUUUCCCGGUUUAUCAACAGUGUUAGAGAGCAUCGGUAGUGCUUUUAGUUUAAUGAAAGUAAAUCCGCGCGCUCAUCGCAGUUGAAGUGGAAGUUCAUGCAGAUGGAUGAGCAUCUGUGCUAAAAACAUACGCUCUGCUCAAGCCCACAUUCCGUUUCUAAUGCUGUUAUUCGGAUUUGACACUUUCCUCACGCAUGAUCGCAGUGUUGAUCUUAAGAGAAAUGCAGGACGACUAUAACGUGGAGAUAGGAUUCGUCAAGCAGAUCCUCAGUUUGAAUUUGGUGCCGAGGAAAAAUGCCACCAACUGCGGGAGGAACGACACAUCUCUGUGCGAUUUCUCCGAGAUGUGGUAUGGGGUGUUCCUGUGGGCUGUUGUCUCCUCAUUGGUGUUCCACCUGCCCGCCGCCCUCCUGGCUCUAGCAACACUCCGCAGACAUAAGAUGGCACGAUUUUUCCCAGUCGGCAUCCUGCUCAUGGGUAUCAUCGGCCCGCUCUUUGGAGGGGUUCUUACUAGUGCAGCUAUAGCAGGAGUCUAUAAGGCAGCUGGGAAGAGUAUGUUCUCCUUGGAGGCGUUGGUGUUUGGAGUGGGACAGUCGUUGUGUGUUUUUAUCAUUUCCUUCUUCAGAGUGCUGGCUACCCUGUAGCACUGAGACAUUGGCACACCAGGCUGCCGUCAAGAGGAGAGGAAGCUGUUCAGUCACCUGGGCGUCAUAUGCAAAACAUGGAGGCCUUACUUCCCAAACAGUCCCAACAGUUUCCUUUGAUACAGAACAAUGGUAUUUUUUUCCAAACGGGUUUCUGAGGAGUGCAUUGAGUAACAUGGGACUUUUCAUUUGAAAACGCUACCUUUAAAGCAGCGCCAGCCUUGCGUUACAGGUGGAGUCAUCUUGCACAUGUGUAUUUUUUUAAAUGAUCAUUAUAGAUGACAUUUUGUUUGUUAGUUUCUUUUAAUUUUCCUUUCUUAACACUAAAUUAGUCUUUUAUAAAGUUUUGGAUGAGGUGAAAACUCAUAUAAUGUACAUACUAAAGCCCAUUCCAGCUUGCCCUUAAAUUAUGCUUGAGAGGAGCAACUUGCAUUCACUUUGCACUGAUUAUAUGAAUCCUUUAGGCCAAAGGCUACAAAUUUCAAUUUGUUUCUUUUCUUCACACUGUUUUCUAUAUAUUUUGCCCAUGAUUUUGGGCAUAUUUGGAGAGAUUACAGUUAAACACACUUGUCUGUGGACUUUGACAUUGUAAUUCCUGCUGGAGUUAAGUGGCUUUUGUUGGUUAAACUUCAUAUUCGUGAGCUGUUUAUACAUUUAAAGUCUUUAAGAAUUUGUUUUCCAAGUGGGCUCCAGGAUUUGGCCUUCACAUUGAAUAUUUCUGUAUAUAUUAGUGAUAUAACGUUGCUUUGACACUUGUUUGCCCAUAAGAUUCUGUAUGUGGCAGACUCACCUCUUAUGCCUAAUAUGCGAAUGUAAACCAGAUUUCAGCUGAAUCCAUAAUAGAAUAACUUAAAUCUUCACCAAAGAAAUGAUAACACUAAUCUACAGCUGUUAUACGUUUCAGAUACUGUUAUUUUUGAGAAAGCUCAUGUGGAAAGAUGUUAAAUGACUAAAUCAAACAAAAUUACUAUAGAAUGUACAAAAUUAUAAUCAGAAUAUUACCCAAGUUUAUGUGCAGAAGUAUAUAAAAUAUGCUUAAAUUGCAGAAAAAGAAAUGUGUACUCACUCAUAUAGAUGUUUUCUCUUAUUCUUGUUCAGCAACUACAUUAACAGCAAGAGGUGUAAGGCUGAACGGGAUAUGAAUAUGAUCUUAAUACAGUCGCAGAGUCUUUAGACUAAUCUGAGGAAUUAAACCAAUCUAAACCAAAUUUAAUUCUCAAAUAUUACUUUUACAUUUCUUCGGUACAAGCAUUUGUAGACUUGUGUUCACCCAUAUUACAAGCCCUCAGGAAGUUCUUGUGUUCUGGAAGUUUCAUUUAAAGCUCGUAUGAUGUGAGUUCAUCUUUUAUGAUUGGAGCACUAACAUUCGUGGGACGCACUGAAAGCUAUGCUUUAUUUGUCUGAGCCUAUGGUCUCUCAAUUGCACAAAUGGAUUUAUUUUUCUAAAGUCCAAUCAUUCAUGGUGGAGUGACUGCUCAUUGUUUUUGUGGUUUGUCUUUGAUUGUAUGGUCUUCUUGACAAAUGGAUUUGCUCUUUACAACGUAAUACUUUCCAUUUAUUUUUUUCUGGGCAAGUUUAAUUUUCUUACUGUAUAAUAAGUGCCAAUUGCUAGUAUUUUCAUGAAAUAAAAUGGUUUAGAUUAUAAUAACA